AGCCCCGCCCUUGCCUGCGCGAGGCCUAGGGCGGCAGGCGCGGAGCCGCGAGCCCCAGCCAAUGAGCGCCGGCGGGCUGGUUGCCUAGGCGACCAGCGCGCGGCUCCGCCCCCCGCGCCGAGGCUCCCGCGCGCGGCUGAGUGCGGACUGGAGUGGGAACCGGGGUCCCCGCGCGCAGAGAACACGCGAUGACCACGUGGAGCCUCCGGCGGAGGCCGGGCCGCAUGCUGGGACUUCUGCUGCUGGUCAUCUUGGGUUUCCUGGUGCUCCGCAGGUUGGACUGGAGCGCCCUGGUCCCUCUGUGUCUCCGCCAUCGGCAGCUGGGGCUGCAGGCCAAGGCCUGGAACUUCAUGCUGGAGGAUUCCACCUUCUGGAUCUUCGGGGGCUCCAUCCACUAUUUCCGUGUGCCCAGGGAGUACUGGAGGGACCGCUUGUUGAAGAUGAAGGCCUGUGGCUUGAACACCCUCACCACCUAUGUUCCGUGGAACCUGCAUGAGCCAGAAAGAGGCAAAUUUGACUUCUCUGGAAACCUGGACCUGGAGGCCUUCGUCCUGAUGGCCGCAGAGAUUGGGCUGUGGGUGAUUCUGCGUCCAGGCCCCUACAUCUGCAGUGAGAUGGACCUCGGGGGCUUGCCCAGCUGGCUCCUCCAAGACCCUGGCAUGAGGCUGAGGACGACUUACAACGGCUUCACCGAAGCCGUGGACCUUUAUUUUGACCACCUGAUGUCCAGGGUGGUGCCGCUCCAGUACAAGCGUGGGGGACCCAUCAUUGCCGUGCAGGUGGAGAAUGAAUAUGGUUCCUAUAAUAAAGACCCUGCUUAUAUGCCCUACGUCAAGAAGGCACUGGAGGACCGUGGCAUUGUGGAACUGCUCCUGACUUCAGACAACAAGGAUGGGCUGAGCAAGGGGAUUGUCCAGGGAGUGUUGGCCACCAUCAACUUGCAGUCAACACACGAGCUGCAGCUACUGACCACCUUUCUCUUCAACGUCCAGGGGACUCAGCCCAAGAUGGUGAUGGAGUACUGGACAGGGUGGUUUGACUCGUGGGGAGGCCCUCACAAUAUCCUGGAUUCUUCUGAGGUUUUAAAAACCGUGUCUGCCAUUGUGGACGCCGGCUCCUCCAUCAACCUCUACAUGUUCCAUGGAGGCACCAACUUUGGCUUCAUGAAUGGAGCCAUGCACUUCCAUGACUACAAGUCAGAUGUCACCAGCUAUGACUAUGACGCUGUGCUGACAGAAGCGGGAGAUUACACGGCCAAGUACAUGAAGCUUCGAGACUUCUUCGGCUCCAUCUCAGGCAUUCCUCUCCCUCCCCCACCUGACCUACUUCCCAAGAUGUCAUAUGAGCCCAUAACGCCAGUCUUGUACCUGUCUCUGUGGGAUGCCCUCAAGUACAUGGGGGAGCCAAUCAAGUCUGAAAAGCCCAUCAACAUGGAGAACCUGCCAGUCAACGGGGGAAAUGGACAGUCCUUUGGGUACAUUCUCUAUGAGACCAGCAUCACCUCAUCUGGCAUCCUCAGUGGCCGCGUGCGCGAUCGGGGGCAGGUGUUUGUGAACACAGUAUCCAUAGGAUUCUUGGACUACAAGACAACGAAGAUGGCUGUCCCUCUGAUCCAGGGUUACACCGUGCUGAGGAUCUUGGUGGAGAAUCGUGGGCGAGUCAACUAUGGAGAGAAUAUUGAUGACCAGCGCAAAGGCUUGAUUGGAAAUCUCUAUCUGAAUGAUUCACCCCUGAAAAAAUUCAGAAUCUACAGCCUGGAUAUGAAGAAGAGCUUCUUUCAGAGGUUCAGCCUGGACAAAUGGAGUUCCCUCCCAGAAACACCCACAUUGCCUGCUUUCUUCUUGGGUAGCUUGUCCAUCAGCUCCACCCCUUUUGACACCUUUCUGAAGCUGGAGGGCUGGGAGAAGGGGGUUGUAUUCAUCAAUGGCCAGAACCUUGGACGUUACUGGAACAUUGGACCCCAGAAGACACUGUACCUCCCAGGCCCCUGGUUGAGCAGCGGAAUCAACCAGGUCAUCAUUUUUGAGGAGACGAUGGUGGGCCCUGCAUUACAGUUCACGGAAACCCCCCACCUGGGCAGGAACCAGUACAUUAAGUGAGCGGUGGCACCCCCUCCUGCUGGUGCCCGUGGGAGACUGCCGCUGCCUCCUGACCUGAAGCCUGGUGGCUGCUGCCCCACCACUCCCCUGCAAAGGCGUCUCCUUAAGUAGCAACCUCAGGGACUGGGGGCUACAGUCUGCUCCCACCUAAGCUCAAAACCCUGAGCCUGCAGGGAAAGGUGGGAUGGCUCUGGGCCUGGCUUUGUUAAUGAUGCCUUUCCUGCAGCCCUGCUCUUGUGCCGAGGCUGUCGGGCUGUCUCCAGGGUGGUCUCCAGGGUGGGAGCAGCUAGUCAGACCGCCAAGCCUUUGGCCCUCAGAGAAAGUGCUGAAACGUGCCCCUGCGCCGGAAGUCACAGCCCUGCCAGCAUCUGCUGGACUCAGGCGUGCUCUUUGCUGGUUCCUGGGAGGCUUGGUCACAUCCCUCACGGCCCUUUAUCCCCGAAAUCCUGGGUGUGUCACCAAUGUAGUGGGUGGGGAGGGGAUGUCUCACCUGAGCUGACUCUGUUCUUCCUUCACAACCUUCUGAGCCUUCUUUGGGAUUCUGGAAGGAACGCAGCGUGAGAAACAUGUGACUUCCCCUUUCCCUUCCCACUUGCUGCUUCCCACAGGGUGACAGGCUGGGCCGGAGACACAGAAAUCCUCAGCCCUGUGUCUUCCUGAGUUAGCAAGUGUCUCUGGUGUUCAGUGAGGAUGACAUGUGCAUCCUGGCAGAAGCCAUGGCCCAUAUCUGCAUAUCCAGGAAGGAGGGACAGAAGGCCCAGCUCAGUGGCCCCCGCCCCCCACCUCCCACGCAGGAGCAGCCUCCUCCACAGUGUGUCCACCUCCCACGCUGGAGCAGCAGGGGCGGAGCAGCCUCCUCUGCAGUGUGUCCACCUCCCACGCUGGAGCAGCAGGGGCGGAGCAGCCUCCUCCGCAGUGUGUCCACCUCCCACGCAGGAGCAGCAGGGGCAGAGCAGCCUCCUCCGCAGUGUGUCCACGUCCGUGUUUGAGCCUUGUUCUGGGGGUCAGCCCAACACCUGGCUCGGGCUCACUGUCCUGAGUUGCAGUAAAGCUGUAGCAUUGAAUCACA